AUGUCUACCGCCGGAAAAUCGAAUGAAAAAUGUGUCACAAUAGAAAAUAUGAACGAAAAUAUAAUUCGUUUGGAAUAUGCCGUUCGGGGACCGAUUGUAAUUAGAGCUGGAGAAAUAGAAAAAGAAUUAGAACAGGGUGUCAAAAAACCUUUUACAGAAGUUUUAAAAGCAAAUAUUGGUGAUUGUCAUGCCAUGGGACAAAAACCAAUUACUUUUUUUAGACAGGUUUUGGCUCUUGUGUCAUUACCAUCACUUUUUGACGAUCCGAGUUUUCCGGAAGAUGCCAAAGAUAGAGCGAGAGGCGUGCUUAAAGGUUGUAAGGGAGGAAGCGUGGGUUCAUACACGGAUUCUGUCGGAAUCGAAAUAAUUCGAAAACACGUUGCCGAAUUUAUAGAAAGACGAGAUGGUAUACCGAGCGACUAUGCAAACAUCAUACUAUCGGCGGGAGCUUCUGACGGUAUCAAAAAUGUUUUGAAAAUAAUGAAUCAACCCAUCGACAACAAACGACCCGGAGUCAUGGUACCCAUACCACAAUAUCCACUCUAUUCGGCAACCCUCGCAGAAUUCAACAUGCAUCAAAUAAGUUAUUAUUUGAACGAAUCGAAAGGUUGGGGUAUGGAUUUGAGCGAGUUGCAAAGAGCCGUAGACGAAGCGAAAGAAGUCUCCGCACCGAGAGCCAUAGUCGUUAUAAAUCCCGGAAAUCCCACGGGACAAGUACUCUCUAGGAAAAACAUUGAAGAAAUAAUACAGUUUGCGUACAAGGAAAGAUUGUUCAUAUUGGCCGACGAAGUUUAUCAGGACAACAUAUACGCUCCCGGAAGUAAAUUUUAUUCAUUUAAAAAAGUAUUAACGGAAAUGGGUCCUCCCUACAGCGAAAUGGAAUUGGCAUCGUUCAUGUCUUGUUCGAAGGGUUACAUGGGGGAGUGCGGAUUGAGAGGAGCUUAUUUCGAAAUUAUAAAUAUUUGCCCUCAAGUGAAAGCUCAACUUUUGAAAGCCAUUUCGGCCAUGUUGUGUCCGACUGCUUUGGGUCAGACCGUCGUCGAAUGCAUCGUGAAUCCUCCGAGAGAAGGAGAACCAAGUUAUCCUUUGUACAAAGAAGAAAGAGAACAAGUUUUGUCGGAAUUGAAAAAGAGAGCGAAAAUGGUUGCCGACACAUUCAACAGCAUACCUGGAUUUUCAUGCAACGAAGUCCAGGGUGCCAUGUACGCUUUCCCACAAAUGCAAUUACCACCGAAAGCCGUGGAAGCAGCGAAAAAAGAAGGAAAAGCUCCUGAUACGUUUUACGCUUUGCAAUUGUUGGAAAAUACCGGGAUUUGCAUCGUUCCCGGAUCCGGAUUCGGUCAACAACCUGGAACGCAUCAUUUUAGGACCACGAUAUUACCGCAAACGGAUAAAUUAAAAGCCAUGUUGGACACGUUUAAAACUUUUCACAAAAAGUUUUUAAAAGAAUACUCGUAG